AUGCGUCUGCUUGCACGCCUGAGCAUCACGCUGGGCCUGCUGGGAGCGGCAGGCUGUUCGUGUCCGUCCCAGUGCACCUGCGACUACGCCGGCAGCAGCGACGACACGGGCUCGAGGUCAGUGCUGUGCAGUGACCUGGACAUGAGUGAGGUCCCCACCAACCUCCCCGUGGACACUGUGAAGCUCCGCAUCGAGAAGACGGUGACGCGCAGCAUCCCAGCCGAGGCCUUCUACUACCUGACGGAGCUGCGGUCCCUCUGGGUGGCGUACAACGCCGUGGCCAGCGUGCACCCCCGCGGCUUCUACUACCUGCGGCGUCUGCACGAGCUGCGCCUGGGGGGCAAUUCUCUGGCUGCCUUCCCGUGGGCAUCCCUGCUGGACACCCCCCUCCUGCGGACCCUGGAUCUGCACAACAACAGGCUUGCCAGCGUGCCCGCCGAGGCGGUGCAGUACCUGAGGAAUCUCACCUAUCUGGACCUGUCGAGCAACAGGCUGACCUCGCUGCCGCCUGACUUCCUGGAUGGCUGGCCCCACUUGGGGCCGGCUCCUUCCCAAAACCUGGACCUUUCACCGAGAAGAAUUGUCCUCGGCCUGCAGGACAACCCCUGGUUCUGCGACUGCCACAUGGCCACGGUGAUCGAGCUGGCCAAGGCUGCCGAUGCCACGGUGGUGCUGCUGGACCCCCUGAUGGCUUGCAGCGAGCCCGAGCACCUCGCGGGCGUCCUGUUCCAGAGGGCCGAGCUGGAGCAGUGCCUGAAGCCGACGGUGAUGACCUCAGCCACCCAGAUCACGUCUGCCCUGGGCAGCAACGUCCUGCUACGCUGCGACGCCCAAGGCCUCCCCACCCCACGGCUCGCGUGGGCCCGGGCUGGUGGCCAGCCAGUGACCCACACAGCCAUCCAGGAGUCCCCGCGGGAAGGGGCCCGCUGGUCCGUCAUCAGCCUGAUGAACAUCUCGCUCAGCGAUGCCGGGCGUUACAAGUGCACAGCCAAAAACCUGGUGGGGAAGUCGGAGGCCGAGGUCACUGUGGCAGUGGUUGGCGGUGUCACCACGGCCCAGCCUGCAGAGGCUCCGGAAAGCGCAGCUGGUGGCGCCCCCGAGCGGGAGGCCGGGGCUGGGUCCGCAGGAGCGUCCACCGCGCCCCCGGCUGCUUCUCCCUUCACCGACGCCCCUUCGGCCUCGGCCCCGCCGCCCACGGCCGCAGCCGCCCCGCUCCUCCCCGCCCCCCGGUCCACCCUGCAGCCCGGCAGGAGGUACGUGGCCUGCGUCCGGCCACAGGGCGAGCCGCCCCAGCGCGACCAGUGCGUCACCUUUGCCACCCGCAGGGCCGCAGGCGGAGGCCACUCCCACGGGCCGCUAGUCGCGGCUGUCACCUGCGCGGCCUGCGUGGCCGUCCUGGCGCCGCUGGGCUUCCUGCUGUACAGAGCCCGCAAACUGCGGUGCAAGCGCGCGUCUUUCUGGGAAGAGGAUCUGGCCAAAGAGACCUAUAUCCAAUUUGAGACCCUGUCCCCGAGGUCUCAGAGUGUGGGGGAGCUGUGGACGCGGAGGCACAGGGGUGACUCGGAGACACUGCUGCUCUGCUCCUCCAGUGCAGAGCUCAGGCAGCUUUAGGGGCAGGAGGCCCGUUGGGACCACCGAGGCCGGCGACUGGCGCGCUUCUGAAUGCUUUUAAAACUGCUGAGAGGCUUCUGAGCCAGAAAGGCAAAUUAAGUGACUUCUGUGGUGUGGAGGGAAUCCACAGAGAGAAAUUUUAGGAUGGUGCUUAAUAUAGUAAUAAUUUUUAGGAUAAUGUUUUGGUUCUUUAAAAUAGCGUGGGGGUCAGCAGACGCAUAGUGGUUACCUCGCUGGGCUCCCACGUGGCCAGCUGCGGUCGGAGUCUCCAGCUCCGAGACUUGAAACCUGGGAGGACGAUGGCAGGGGAGGGGUAGCAGCGCGACCAUCCCCUCCAGGGAAUGAUUAUCACUUCCCCUCUCAGUCUCUCUCUCCAGCAAGCUGCACACAGCGAGUGCAAGCACGUGCCCUAAGGAAAAAACUUCUUUUAAGAAAAUGAAUGUAAACAUAGUUUUAACAAGUGAACCCUGCAUUUAAAAAGACAUUUUUUUCGAGCAGUGAAGAAGGAGUCAACCAAGCCUGGACAUCCCAGUCCGAAAUGCUUACGGUGUUCGCUGUGAACACCCAGCGUGGCUGGCGGGGGAGCAGGAGCGUUCAGAAAGUGGCGUUCAUGGAGACUGCGUCACGGGGUCAGAGGGAGCAGGCUGUCAUUCGUCACAGCCGAGAACCGGCCCACGCAGCCAGGGGCAUCUCCCCGCUCAGGAAAAAAGUGUUCGCCAAAAUAAGUGUGAAGAGGACUGUGGCGAAUUCGGCCACUUCUAAGAAAGUGGGACUAGUACAUUUUUUUAAAAAAGAAUUAUUUUAUUUAUUUAUUUGUUUGUUUUAAUUUGACCAGAGAGGGAC